UAUGUUCUACACAGGAGGAGACUUCAGGAUGAGGAUUUACUAUAAACCAUAUCUUUAUUUGUGCUGUAUUUGUUGCAAUGUAAUGGCGAGUAACUAUUAUGCAGUGUUAAAUGGAAACAUUAGUGACUAUGAAAUCCUGACUAAUUCUACAGACAUUGAUGACCUUCCCACCUGUGCCAGACGGUGUGAGGGACAGGAAUGUAAGUCUUUUAUGUACAAUUUCCACACCAGAGUGUGUAGCACCUUUUCCAGUGGACUGACUGCUUCACCCGGAGUAUCUGGUAAUAUGAACAGAUUUUUCCAAAAAGAACAUGAAGGUGUAAACUGUGCUCCAAUCAACGUGUAUGGAAAAUGGGCUAAAUGUAACGUUUUCAACUCCAGACGCUGGGCGAUUGUUCAAAGGAGAUACAAAGGAGAGGAGACAUUCGACAAAACAUGGGACGAGUUUAAAGCAGGAUUUGGAGACCUUGAUGGAGAAUAUUGGAUAGGAAACGAAGCUUUACACCGCCUUACACAUGAACGUAAUCAGUCAGCCCUGUUUGUCAUUGAGGACUGGAACGGAGUUGAGAAAUUUGCACAGUAUGACAGCUUCAAAGUUUCGUCAGAAGCGGACAAGUUCCGAAUGAUUGUUUCUGGGUACAGCGGCACAGCAGGUGACUGUAUGUCAUACCAUUCUGGAAUGCAAUUUACGACCAAAGAUAGAGAUAAUGAUGCUCACGGGGGCGGUUCGUGCUCCGUGGAAUACGACGGAAUGGGUUUCUGGUAUAGAAUAUGCGUUCGAUGUAAUAUCAACGCGAAGUAUUUCAGCGAUACUGGAACGGAAAAUACACACGCGCUGAUAUGGCACACAUUUUCUGAGAAAUUUCAACCAAUGAAAAAGUCAAGAUUGAUGCUUGCACCAACUCCAUAAGUUAUAUUUUGAGUGAAUUAGGCUGGAGACCGGAGAACGUACAAGAAGGAGACUGCAUACAAUGACUACAUUUGCUCAUAUUAUUAACGCUUCUAACCCCAGAAGCUCGAAUCAUUAGCUCAUAUCGUAUGACACAUCAGAGAAGAUUUAUGACAAUCAAGUACGUUUAAAAAUAGCAUGUCAACUUGUCUUGAUUUCAAAAGGUGGAAAUGUGAUCGUGGGCUAAUUAACGUAUGGCACAAGGAGGAGAAAAUUAAGCCAGUACAGUAAUGAUGCUUUAAUCGGUGGUGACAGGUGAAUGGUUUGACGAAAUGAACACUAAUGAAGUUGAUGUGCUUGUUAUGUUUCAUAUGAAAUCAGAUCGCCAAUCGCUAUAGACGCUCUGCUUAUAGAAACUUUGGCAAAAAAAAAAAAAAAUUCCAACAUUUCUACGCCAGCAAAACACCAUGCCAAGACUUAAAGCAACGUCGUCAUUCUAUCAUCGUAAAACAACUAAAAAAAAGAAACUUUUCAUGUACCUUAUAGUUCGAUAUCCUCGGUAGUACGUGUGGUAGUGUUACCUGACAAACCAUGUAUAUCUACAUGUACGAUAUUAGGUGUGGUAUGGUUACCUGACAAACCAUGUACGAUAUAAGGUGUGAUACGAUAUUAGGUGUCGAUAUGGUAACCUGACCAACCAUGUAUAUCUACAUGUACGAUAUAAGGUGUUGGUAGAUUUCGCUUGUUUACCUCUUCAGACAUAUUGGCCGUCUCCGUUUACCAGAUUGUGUCUCUAUUUUGUUUGUUGAAAAAUCCGAUUUUGCGAACUCUGACCUUCAAACCAUUUUAAAUUCGCAAAUGAUGAGCUUUUGGUCAUGAACUCUUCAAGACACCCAUAUCGGUAAACACUAGUUCAACAACCAACCAAACGUGUUAUUCACGUACAAAUAAUCUCGAAGGAUUUGAACUCGCGGUUGACUCUCCUCGCAUGUGAACGCGAAAAUAAAUCAUACGCGAAAUAUAAUGGAUGAUUUACACUAAUGACAUUUCAUUGUUUUCUUGAAUGAUUAUUUAAUAGAGAAAGUGACAGCUGAAAAUAAGUAAAGGUGGGAUUUAACAUUUGGCCCCCACAUCAAUUUCUUUCAUAUUUUACUCAUAUGUAGAUAUAUAAAAAUAAACCAUAACCCCAUAAAGGAUUAGUCAUUAUCACCUCGGAUAGCCAUACUGGACCUCCUUGCAUAAAACUAGAUUGAGUGACGGGGGUACUCUAACAAAACGCUUGAUCAUUGUAUAGUGUAUAAAUGUAGUUAUUGUGAUACCAAAUAUGUUAUAUAGGCAUACACGAAGUAAGCCUAGCGACACCUUUAAUUAAAAAAUAAUGCAAAUUUUUCAUAAAACAAAAAAUAUAUGCAACAUUGUCAGCAUGAUUUUGUACAGUUCUAAUCACAACCUACCUUUUAUACUUCUAAAAACACUUUCCACAUGUAUAUGCUGUAUACAGACAAAAACAAAUGUAAUUUCAAAACCGGAAAAAAUGCUUUUUUUGAGCACACCAAACAUACCCUAUGUAUAAAUACCAGUAAUCAAGAUGUGCUUAUCAUACAUAUUAUGCAAAAACUUAUUUUUCUGUUUUGAUGACAUACACAGUCACAUUAAUUAUAUCAUUUAUGAUUUGAAAUGAUCUUCAGCAGUUAUGACAUUAGAAAUAUGCUUUUUGCAAAAGUUAUCUAUCCUCUGAACAGCUACCUUAAGACUGAGAUUGUAAACCUUAGGAAAAUAAAUUGAUAAAUAUUU